ACCGCUCCGUAUCAUAACAGCCGAGGACAAGCGGGCAUCAGCAGCGCGCGAGAGAAAGAGCGGGAGGAGAGAGAAGACAGUGAGUGACUGCAGUUGCAUGCUCUCUCUCGACGUUGGAUGGAUGUUGUUGUAAGAGCAUCUGUAACUGGUAGGAAAGGAGUGGGGAAGAGGCGGUAUACACUAACUCACCAAGGAAAGAUCUAUGCUUGGAUUUCGGAUCUUUUUUCUUCGCCAAUGCAAAAGGAAAUAUGCAGCGAAGCUUCACCCUCCUGUACACCAGUUUUCUGGGGAUGUGCUUGGAUUCAAGUUUUCCAAGUAACAUCAAUAUAGGGGGACUAUUCCCAACCGAAUCUCACGAAUAUGAGGUGUUUCGGUUCGCGCUCUCGCACCACCAGGAUAUCCCCAAACUGGUGCCGCAGGUGGAUAUGGUCAAGAUGGGCAACAGCUUCUCCAUGACAUAUGCCUUCUGUUCCCAGUUCUCUAAAGGUGUCUAUGCUAUCAUUGGCCUCUACGACAGGAAGACGGUCAACAUGCUGAUGUCGUUUUGCGGGGCGCUGCACGUGUGUUUCGUCACGCCUUCCUUCCCCAUCGAGACGGCCAACCAGUUUGUGAUCCAGCUGAGACCCGAGCUACAGGACACUCUGGUGGGGGUCAUAGACCACUACGGAUGGACCAAGUUUGUUUACAUGUACAGCUCAGAUUCUGGCCUGUCUGUGCUGCAGAAGGUCCUGGACACGGCUGCUGAGAGGAGCUGGCUGGUGACGUCUGUCAACGUGGAGACCAUGACGGAGACCUCGUUCCUGAAGGUGUUCCAAGACCUGGACAAGAGGAAGGAGGGACAGAUCAUCAUUGACUGUGAGACCGAAAGACUCACCUCCAUCCUCAAAAAGAUCGUUGAACACGGGAAGAAUGCUAAGAGUUACCACUACAUCCUGGCAAACCUGGGUUUUCUGGACAUUGAUCUAACGGACCUGAGGAAAGGAGGGGCCAACAUCACAGGCUUCCAGCUGGUCAACUACACAGAGCAGAACGUCAGCCGUACCAUUCAGCAGUGGAUGGAGUUUGAAAACAAAGACACCAAAUUCCCCAAGAGACGCCUGAAGUACACCGGAGCGUUGACAUAUGAUGGGGUGAAGGUGAUGUCUACAGCAUUCCAGAACCUUCGGAAACAGAGGAUAGACAUCUCUCGCCGUGGCAACGCAGGCGAAUGCCUCGCCAACCCGCCGGCUCCAUGGGGCCAAGGCAUAGAUAUACAGAGAGCCCUGCAACAGGUGCGUAUCCAUGGCCUGACGGGUCAUAUCCAGUUCAAUGAGAAAGGACGCAGGACCAACUUCACCGUCAGUGUCAUGGAGCUAGCCCCCUCUGGACCAAAGAAGGUGGGCUACUGGAACGAGGACGAGAAGUAUGUGAGCACAGCCACCUUCAUGAGAGGAAGCAACGACAGCAGCUACGGCCUACAGAACAGGACCUACAUAGUUACCACCAUCCUGGAAUCCCCAUACGUGAUGCUGAAGAAGAACCAUGAUCAGCUGUCAGGGAACGAUAAGUACGAGGGUUACAUCGUGGAGCUAGCGGCUGAGAUCGCCAAGCACGUUGGAUACCACUACAAACUGAAGGUGGUCUCAGAUGGGAAAUAUGGAGCCAGAGACUCCGAGACCAAGAUGUGGAACGGCAUGGUUGGAGAGCUGGUGUACGGGAAAGCAGACGUUGCGGUAGCCCCGCUGACCAUCACCCUGGUCCGAGAGGAGGUGAUCGACUUCUCCAAGCCCUUCAUGUCUCUGGGUAUCUCCAUCAUGAUCAAGAAGCCCACCAAGUCUAAACCAGGUGUCUUCUCCUUCUUGGACCCGCUGGCCUAUGAGAUCUGGAUGUGUAUCGUGUUCGCCUACAUCGGUGUGAGUGUGGUCCUGUUCCUGGUGAGCCGCUUCAGCCCCUACGAGUGGCACGCAGAGGACUAUGAGGAGGGGGCCGACCCCCAGACCCCUACCCAGCCGACAGGGCCCGGUGCUGGGCUACAGUCAGGGCAGAGCCCUGGUCAGCCAGGCCAGAACCAGCAGAAUCAGGAACAGACCAAUGAGUUUGGCAUCUUCAACUCUCUCUGGUUCUCCCUGGGAGCCUUCAUGCAGCAGGGAUGUGACAUCUCACCCAGGUCUCUGUCAGGGCGGAUAGUGGGUGGCGUGUGGUGGUUCUUCACUCUCAUCAUCAUCUCGUCCUACACGGCCAACCUAGCUGCUUUCCUCACAGUGGAGAGGAUGGUGUCCCCCAUAGAGAGUGCUGAGGACCUGGCUAAACAGACUGAGAUUGCCUACGGAACUCUGGAUGCUGGCUCCACCAAAGAGUUCUUCAGGCGGUCUAAGAUCGCAGUGUUUGAGAAGAUGUGGUCGUACAUGAAGUCGGCCGACCCCUCAGUGUUUGUGAAGACCACAGACGAGGGAGUGAUGAGGGUCAGGAAGUCUAAAGGGAAGUACGCCUACCUGUUAGAGUCCACCAUGAACGAGUACAUCGAGCAGAGGAAACCCUGUGACACCAUGAAGGUGGGGGGGAACCUGGACUCUAAAGGAUACGGUAUCGCCACGCCCAAGGGCUCACCCCUCAGAAACCCUGUUAACCUGGCCGUGUUAAAACUCAACGAGCAAGGCCUGUUGGACAAACUGAAAAACAAAUGGUGGUACGACAAGGGCGAGUGUGGCAGCGGGGGCGGGGACUCCAAGGAUAAGACGAGUGCGUUGAGCCUGAGCAACGUGGCCGGAGUGUUCUACAUUCUGAUUGGAGGGCUGGGCCUGGCCAUGCUGGUGGCGUUGGUGGAGUUCUGCUACAAGUCGCGAACCGAGUCUCAGAGAAUGAAGCAGAACAUCAACGACGCCAUGCACUGCUCCUCCAUGACCAGAAUGAGUGGGAACGGGAACGGGAACGGGGGAGGAGGAGGAAUAGGUGGAGCAGGAGGAGGAGAGAACGGACGCAUCCUAACUCACGACUUCCCCAAAACAGUCCAGACUCUCCCCUGCAUGAGCCACAACGCCAGCAUGGGGCUCAGCGCCUCUGGCAUGUAAUCACAUGACCUGGCACAAGGGGCUGAGGAGGAGACUGACUCAUAGACCUUACAAAGAUGACCACAUUAAUGGUGACAUUGACCUUAUGAACAUGGCCGUCUUUCUGACACUUUGUUUAUGUGGUGGCUGCGUGAUGUGUGUCCGAGACAGACUUCAAUAUUUCUGCCAAAUGCAUUUCUGAAAUCACUCAUUACAAACAAACAGGGGAAACAUGUAGAUGGAGAAUAAAAAUGAAAAUAAAAGAAGAUGAGGAACAUGUUGCUACGAAAAGGAGCCAUUGUUGGGCCGAGAUGUUUUUUUUUCUUUUAUUCAGAUUUUUUUAAACAAGGUGUUUCAAUUUCUGUGUAAAAAAAGGAGAGAACUAUCCCGUAAAUGCCUCCUGACCUGCACUGAGAUUACCUUCUCUGCCCUGCCUUGGGCUGACUUUCUCUGCCCUGCCCUGACUUUCUCUGCCCUGUCCUGACUUUCUCUGCCCUGCCCUGAGAUGACCUUCUCUGCCCUGUCUUGAGAUAACCUUCUAUGCCCUGCCCUGGGCUGACUCUCUCUGCCCUGCCCCGAGCUAACCUACUCUGCCCUGACCUGCCUUUCUCUGCCCUACCCUGCCCUGAGCUGACCGGCCCUGAGAUUACUUUCUCUGCCUUGCCCUGAGCUAACCGUCUCUGCCCUGCCCUUCUCUGCCCUACCCUGACCUUCUCUUCCCUACCCUGACCUUCUCUGCCCUGGGCCGACCUUCUCUGCCCUACCCUGACCUUCUCUGCCAUACCCUAACCUUCUCUGCCAUGCCCGACCUUCUCUCCCCCACCCUGACCUUCUCUGCCCUACCCUGACCUUCUCUGCCCUGGGCCGACCUUCUCUGCCCUACCCUGACCUUCUCUGCCCUACCCUGACCUUCUCUGCCCUACCAUGACCUUCUCUGCCCUACCAUGACCUUCUCUGCCCUACCAUGACCUUCUCUUCCAUACCCUGACCUUCUCUACCCUGGGCCGACCUUCGGUGCCCUUCCCCCAACCUUCUCUGCCCUACCCUGACCUUCUCUGCCCUACCCUGAGCUGUGCCGUUCUAUUGACUACUGUUAGUCUGUCUGUCUGUCUGUAAUAUCUCAGUUCGCUACCUACUCUCUCUGACCAUUUACUUAGUGAAGACGGAUCACAAAAUAGGAUUUGUUUUUGUCUUUGCACAGUUAAAAGACAAUAAUGAUAAUAACGCUGAUUGACUAUUAAGAUGAUUUGAUAUUUGUGUGUCUCUGGUUUCUCUUGUGUGUGUUUUUGGACACAGUUACACACGCUAUGUUGGAAAGGCAUCAUGAACUGGAACACAAGCAUUUCAAGCACCAAUGCAGUAUUAUAAUACAGACAUAAAUAAUCAUGCACAGAGCUCAGUCAUUCCUUGCCUCCCUGAACCAUCUGCUGACAGUCAUUCCUACAGAGAUACUACCAUACCACUGAACCCACCAUACCACUGAACCCACAAUACCACUGAACCCACCAUACGACUGAACCCACAAUACCACUGAACCCACCAUACGACUGAACCCACAAUACCACUGAACCCACCAUACCACUGAACUCACAAUACCACUGAACCCACCAUACGACUGAACCCACAAUACCACUGAACCCACCAUACGACUGAACCCACAAUACCACUGAACCCACAAUACCACUGAACCCACCAUACGACUGAACCCACAAUACCACUGAACCCACCAUACCACUGAACAUACCAUACCACUGAACACACCAAAGUACUGAACCCACCAUACCACUGAACCCACCAUACCACUGAACCCACCAUAGUACUGAACCCACCAUACCACUGAACCCACCAUACCACUGAAAUCACCAUACCAUUGAACCCACCAUACCACUGAACAUACCAUACCACUGAACCCACCAUACCACUGAAUCCACCAUACCACUGAACACACCAUACCACUAAACACACACACACAUACACUUUACUUUACUUUAUCAAACUCUGCAGAAUGAUUGCUGUGGCUGGAAGAGAGGAAGUAUUGACGGACAUGGUCAGAACUUGACGAAGUACCACAGAUAAACACCAUUGAUUUCUUCAGUGGCUCUGCUACAUUAUUUUAUAGAGAGAGAGUAGCCAUUUUGGAACACGGCCUAGCUGACAGAGGAAGGGGGCGUGACUUACACACAGAAACCCCUGUUGAUUUACACGUUCACAGUCAAUCAGCUGUUGGCAAUCGUUAAUGGAAACCAUGGAAACGGUGGCUGCCACCACAGCAACCCAUCUUGUCUCUCUCUCUCUCUCUCUCUCUCUCAGUAGUUUGAUAUUUUAUGAAGGAGGUUGUUCAGUAUGGUUUGAUGUGUAGGUCAUUGUACGUGUUGCUGUAGCCUAUAGGGCUGUCAGCAGAGAGAAGCCUCGUUAGGAUACUGGAAUCAGAGUCAGAGACAGCCUGCCUACAGCUACAAAGGGAACAUUUACUAGCUAAACUCUCCAGCUCUGCUCUGUUUGUGUGGGUCUCUGCCAUAAAGAGAGUGUUCAACACUGACUGACUGUCAGACUGUUGUUCUGCCAUAGCCAGGGUGUUGGAACAUGUUUGACAGUGAAGACAUACUGGGCAGAGAUAGACUCCUUACAUCAAAUAUACUGUAUCUCAUCUCUCCAUCCACUAUGUAUAUAAAAGGGUUGAUUCUCCUGCAGUGAAACUUGUUCUUUCCUUCAACCCAAUCAGCCUGAUGCUUCUGUUCUUCUCCUCUAUUUCGUUGGUGUUGUAUUGACGAAGGCGCAGCACAACGCGAGUCCUUGGCGGAUGGUUUGUCUCAUAGAAGGAGUGGUUUUAUAAGCCCUAACAGAUUUUUAAAAAGACAUUCAAUGUUUGUAUCGUAUGGAGAGUUUGAGAGCUGCAAAAAAACAUUGAAAAGGUGUAGGAAAAACAGAUGUUGAAUAGUGGGUAGACAAUAAUGUUUUAAGUUUUACUUUUAAUUGGUUGUCAAUAUUAUUUUGAUUUGACAUUUGAAUAAAAGGGAUGUUCAGUUGGUGUUUUCAAGACUGAACACCAUUUGACUUUUCUUCUUCAUUUGUUCUUUUUUCAAAGUAUUUUAAUACCAGGAUACAAAGUGAUUAUUUAGUUUGUUCACCUGAAAACCUCACAGUACAGUUGUUUUUCUAUACAUCACUAGUGAAAGAUGUUGCUGAAUAAAACAUUUAUAAAAUACAUGAAGAUCAUUCAUGAAUCGAAAAAAAGACGGAAAUAAACUUUUGAGAAAUAAACGUUUUCUAACCAAAGUGUCUCUGAAGAAAGUCAUCAUGCUUUUUGUAACAGAAUAAAGGAAUAAACUAUG